UUGGAUUAGUUAGUUUAGUUUAGUAGAAAAAAAAAAUAAAAUUGACACCUUAGUUAGUUUAGUUAAAUAUGGCCUCACAUCGCCGUCGUCACCGCAUCGAUUAUUACACGGUGGCCUCGCUCCUAUAGCAACGGCUGUUAUCGUUUGUGUGUUCUCUUUUGAACUGCUCCGUCUCUUACCCUCAUUCUCCAUCGAAGACGAUGGCGUUUUUUCGUGGAUUUCAUAGGAUUUCAAGAAAUCUUAAACUUAGUCGCAGUUCGAAUGGAUGUCGGUGGUUUCAAUCCGGUCGACACCAGAAUCGCCAAUUUCUUUCAUCGCAUGAUUAUCAGUUACCAACAGACUCCACUGCAAAGGUUAUGGCAAGUUUAAUCUUUUCAAAGGGUCUACCAGCAUUGCAUAGUAGUAGAUAUCAAAUCCAUCAUCAAAGCAGCUCCAUUUCUGAGGAAGAACUUGAUCCGUUUUCACUGGUUGCUGAUGAAUUAUCGCUUGUUGCCAACAAAUUGCGAGCAAUGGUAGUUUCUGAGGUUCCUAAGCUUGCCUCAGGUGCUGAAUACUUCUUCAAAAUUGGGGUGGAAGGAAAAAGAUUCCGUCCCACGGUUAUAUUGUUAAUGUCAACGGCAUUAAAUCUACCAAUACCUAAACCACCUCCUCCCAAUGAAUUAGGAGGUACUUUUACAACUGAUCUACGAUCAAGACAACAAUGCAUAGCUGAAAUAACAGAGAUGAUUCAUGUGGCUAGCCUUCUUCAUGAUGAUGUUUUGGAUGAUGCAGAAACUAGGCGGGGUAUUGGUUCACUAAAUUUUGUGAUGGGCAAUAAGUUAGCAGUGUUGGCUGGAGAUUUUUUGCUUUCUAAGGCUUGUGUAGCACUGGCAUCUUUGAAAAACACAGAGGUUGUCUCUUUGUUGGCGACAGUUGUAGAACAUCUUGUAACAGGGGAGACUAUGCAAAUGAGUACUACAUCAGAUCAAAGGUUUAGUAUGGAAUAUUAUAUGCAAAAGACAUACUACAAGACUGCAUCUUUGAUUUCAAAUAGUUGCAAGGCAAUAGCCAUCCUUGCAGGCCAAACAGCAGAUGUUGCAAUGCUUGCUUUUGACUAUGGAAAAAAUCUGGGGUUGGCAUUCCAAUUGAUUGAUGAUGUGCUUGAUUUCACUGGCACUUCAACAUCCCUUGGAAAGGGUUCUUUGUCAGACAUUCGCCAUGGAAUUGUAACAGCUCCAAUAUUGUUUGCGAUGGAGGAGUUCCCUCAGUUGCGUGCAGUUGUUGAAGAAGGCUUUGACAACCAAGAGAAUGUUCAUCUUGCUCUAGAGUAUCUUGGAAAGAGCAGUGGUAUAGAAAGGACCAGGGAGCUAGCCAUAAAACAUGCUAACCUUGCAGCAGCAGCAAUUGAUUCCUUACCUGAGAAUGAUGAUGAGGAAGUUCAAAGAUCCAGAAGAGCCCUAGUGGAUCUUACCCAUAGAGUCAUUACAAGAACAAAAUGAAAACGAGGACUUGAUAAAACUAACAAUUAUUUUUUAUUUUUCUGCCAUAUUUCAUUUUUAUUUUUUUUUUGUUUUUGCAAUUGUUCUCCGAAAAUGAAGGGAAAUAAGUUAUUUUUAGGACCAAUUUUUUUUUUCUUCUUAAUUUUUUAAGAUUUGUUUAUCCUCAUCCCCACAACCCACUGUCUCUAAUUUGCACUCAUUUGUUUUAUUGAGUAUGUGUAUCUUGAGAUUAGGGUAAAUACUUAUUUUAGUUUUUGAAAGUGACACACGAUGUCACACCAAUUCUCACAAAAAGGAAAAUAUUUUAUAGUU